AUGUUAAGGGUGAAGAUGAUAUACUUCUUUUCUUUAAAUGAGAAAUCGUUAGAGGAUUUAGAAAUGAAAGUACAGUUUUACAGCAGUCCCUUUAAAAAAAGACAACCAACAAGGGAAAACAAACCGACGCUUUACUGGGUCGAUUCCAGACAAAAACGAUAUGUUCAAGCAGCGGGCUACAGCGUUUUGGGUUUGGUAACAUCAAAACUAGGAAACAAUUACAAAGUGGACAUUGGGUCACAUGAUCUGGCCGUCUUUUUGGGAGUGUCGAAAUCCGGCGAUUCGAUAGUCAAUUUUGCCCCCAGAGGUGUUUCAAAUGUCCAUAAUCCUACUUUAUCUUUGAUUCCGCCAUACAACUAUAAAGAUAUAAGUGAAGAACCUACAAAAAAUUAUGGUAAUAACUACUCAUAUUAUCACUUCUUUGGUACCCAUAAUACCACAGGAUUAAUCGACGAAAGAUACCCUAACCAUCUGGUACUAAGGUGGAAUCACAUCUUCCUAAUGGUCCCCCCUUAUGACGUCGUUCCUAAAAUCAGUGAUGAGCGUGCCACAGGAGAGGAUUUUAGGGUUGGCCUCUCAGGAACACAAGGGAAUAUAUUCACGCAGCAAAAUGCAUACACACAGACAGACGAAACCACAAACAGAGAAAUAUUAAAUAAGAGAAAGACACACUUGACCGCAAUUCAUCACGACUGGUAUGCAAAAUAUUUCAGACGAGACGAAACCACAAACAGAGAAAUAUCAAAUAAGAAAAAGACACACUUGACCGCAAUUCAUCACGACUGGUAUGCAAAGCAUUACAGACGAGGCACCUUCUCCUAUAUAAAGAGAUGCAGCAUUAAGCAGAGGAGGAAAAGAAACUACAGAAGACAUACACGGAACUACACGACGGACGAGACGAGACGGGAAGAAGAACAUAAGACACACACGAGCCUACUCGAGAGACGGAACAAGACGGGAAGGACACAACAUAACUCACGCAACAGAUAG